CCAAAAAACCGCGCCUCACACUUGCCAGGAUUGCCAAAUAUUCCUGAAAAAUAUACCUGCUAUUUAUGGCAUGUGGCUUGUAACUUUACUCCUGUUGUACUCUCUCCAAGAAGUACACAGUGAGGAUGUGGGCUCUACCAGGCUGUACUUUGUGAACGCCUCCCUGCAGAGGGUAACCUACUCCAGCUCGGUGGGGGUGUCCCUGCCCUGUCCUGCAGGGGGCACCCCCAGUGCCAUACUGCGCUGGUACCUGGCCACCGGCGACGACAUCUACGACGUGCCCCACAUCCGCCAUGUGCACGCAAAUGGCACCCUGCAGCUGUACCCCUUCUCGCCCUCUGCCUACAACAGCUACAUCCACGACAAUGACUACUUCUGCACCGCCGAGAACCAGGCCGGCAAGAUCCGUAGCCCCAACAUCCGCAUCAAAGCUGUUUUCAGGGAGCCCUACACGGUGCGGGUGGCAGACCAGCGCUCCAUGCGGGGCAAUGUAGCCGUGUUCAAGUGCCUCAUCCCUGUUGCCGUGCAGGAGUACGUCAGUGUCGUGUCCUGGGAGAGAGAUACCGUGUCCAUCGUCCCAGGUAACAGGUUCUCCCUGACCUCCUUCGGGGCUCUUUACAUCUCUGAUGUUCAGAAGGAGGAUGCCCUCUCCACAUACCGGUGCAUCACCAAACAUAAGUACAGCGGCGAGACCCGCCAAAGCAAUGGAGCCAGGCUCUCUGUCAUGGACCCCAACGAAUCCUCACCCACCAUCCUGGACAGUUUCCAAGCAGGGGAGGUGUACGCUGGCCAGAGUAUCGAGCUCCCCUGCAUAGCGGGAGGUUACCCCAGCCCAACUGUGCGCUGGCUGAAAGACGGUCGCCCUCUGCCCUCGGACGCCCGCUGGACACGGCGUUUGACAGGGCUGACCAUCAGCGACCUGAGGCAGGAAGACAGCGGCAGCUACGCGUGUGAGGUCACCAACAGUUUUGGCUCCAAAGAGGUGUCUGGACAGCUUCACGUUAUAGAUCCGCUACUUGUGACCUUGUCCCCCAAGAAUCUGAAAACUGGCAUUAGCAGCACCCUGUUCUUCACCUGCACAGUGGAGGGCUCUCCAGAAUACACCAUCAACUGGUACAGCAACACUGAGCCCAUUGUCCCUGACCAGCACAUCUCCAUCCAGGGACAACACAACGACACCCUGCAGAUCACUGCAGCGCAGAAAUUCCACUCUGGGGCCUACCAGUGCUUCGCCUCCCGAAAGGGUCACACUGCUCAGGACUUUUCCAUUAUUCUGUUAGAGGAUGGUACUCCUCGUAUUGUGUCUUCCUUCAGCGAGCGGGUGGUGAAUCCUGGCGAGCCUUUCUCCCUCAUGUGUGCUGCCAAAGGAGCCCCGCCGCCCUCCAUCACCUGGACCCUGGACGACGAGCCUGUGGUACGAGACUCCACCUACAAGACCAGCCAGUACACCCUGUCGGACGGCCUGACCGUGUCCCACGUCAACGUCAGCAGCCCGCUCAUUCGAGAUGGGGGAGUGUAUCGUUGCGUCGCACGCAACUCGGCCGGUAGCGCCGAGUACCAAGCGCGCAUAAACGUAAGAGGUCCACCCCGAAUCAGACCCAUGCGAGACAUCACCGCAGUGGCGGGUAGGAAUACCUACAUAACAUGCCGUGUGAUUGGCUACCCAUAUUAUUCCAUCAAGUGGCUGAAGGACGGCAUGCAGCUGCCUGAUAAUCAUCGUCAAGUGCUGUUUGAGAAUGGCACCCUGAGGCUGACCGACGUGCAGAAGGGCGCGGACGAGGGCACCUACUUGUGUAGCGUUCUGAUCCAACCUCAGGUGUCAAUCAACCAGACGGUCCAUGUCACGGUCAAAGUGCCACCGCUCAUCCAGCCCUUCGAUAUCCCCUCUACCUCAGUGGGGAAGCUCAUGUACAUCGCCUGUGUGGUGUCAUCUGGGGACAUGCCCAUACGCAUCACCUGGCACAAAGACGGCCAGCUCAUCGUGCCAGGCUCAGCAUCUGGCGUGGCAAUAGAGACCAAAGAGUUCAUGAGCUCCCUACAAAUCUCCAAGGUGACACUGAAACACAACGGAAACUACACCUGCAUCGCCAGCAACGCCGCCGCCACUGUCAGCUGGGAGAGACAGUUGAUUGUUACUGUGCCACCCCGCUUUGUGGUGCAGCCUAACAAUCAGGAUUGUAUCUACGGCAAAGCUGGAGUUCUCAACUGCUCUGUGGAGGGUUACCCACCUCCAAAAGUCAUGUGGAAGCAUGCCAAAGGUGUGGGAAACCCUCAGCAGUACCACCCAGUCCCACUAACAGGCCGAAUCCAGAUAAUGUCAAAUGGCUCUCUGCUCAUCCGGCACGUGCUUGAGGACGACCGAGGGUACUACCUCUGCCAGGCCUCCAACGGAGUGGGCUCAGACAUCAGUAAAAGCAUGAUCCUCACUGUCAAGAUUCCUGCCAUGAUCACCAGCCACCCAAACACCACAAUGGCAAGGAAAGGCCAAACCAAGGAGCUGAACUGCACAGCGAGGGGGGAGCAGCCCAUCAUCAUCCGCUGGGAGAGAGGAGACACAGUCAUCGACGCAGAGAGAAACCCCCGCUACUCCAUCACCAUCAACAAGAAGGGCGAUGAGGUCAUCUCCACCCUUAAGCUGAACCCAGCUGAGCGAGGAGAUUCUGUCUUCUUCUCGUGCCAUGCCAUCAACUCCUAUGGAGAGGGACGAGGGCUCAUCCAACUCACUGUGCAAGAACCACCAGAUCCCCCUGAACUAGAAGUGAGGGAGGUUAAGGACAGGAGCAUGAACCUCCGGUGGAUCCAGAGGUUUGAUGGGAACAGCAUCAUCACCAGCUAUGACAUUGAGUACAAAAACAAAUCAGACUCCUGGGAUCAUAUGUACACAACCAGGAACAUCUCACCCACCAACAACCAGGCCAACAUCGUAGAGCUGCACCCAGCCUGUGUUUACAGCAUCCGCAUGUAUUCUUACAACAAGAUUGGCCGCAGCCUUCCGAGCAAAGAACUCACAAUCAGUACCGAGGAAGCACCACCCGACGGACCACCGAUGGAUGUAAUCCUCCAACCAAUGACGUCUCAGAGCAUACGGGUUACAUGGAGGGCUCCAAAGAAGGAGCUGCAGAACGGGGUGAUCAGAGGCUACCAAAUCGGCUAUAGGGAGAACGGUCCAGGCAGCAACGGCCAGUACAGCAUAGUGGAGAUGAAAGCUACAGGAGACAGUGAAGUGUACACCUUGGACAAUCUUAAGAAGUUUGCCCAGUACGGGGUUGUGGUCCAGGCCUUCAACAGAGCUGGCACGGGUCCAUCCAGUACUGAGAUCAACGCCACCACAUUGGAAGAUGUGCCCAGUGAGCCUCCUCAGAACGUGCGAGCCAUCUCUGUGACGUCAGACGAAGCGGUGAUCACAUGGGCAGAGCCUCCACGGCUGACGCUCCACGGUGUGCUGAAAGGCUACCGGGUUGUGUUUUGGUCCCUCUUCCCUGACGGAGAGUGGGGAGAGAUGCAGAAUAUCACCACCACUAGAGAACAGGUGGAGCUGCGAGGCCUGGAGAAGUUUACCAACUACAGCGUUCAGGUGUUGGCCUACACACAGGCCGGGGAUGGAGUCCGCAGCAACGUUCUAUAUAUCCAAACCCGAGAAGACCUUCCUGGUCCACCAGCUGGCAUCAAGGCAGUUCCCUCUUCACCAAGCAGUGUGGUGGUGUCCUGGUUGCCACCUCAUAAACCGAAUGGUGUUAUCCGCAAGUACACCAUCUACUGCUCCAGUCCAGGGUCUGGACAGCCGGCGCCCAGUGAGUACGAGGCCAACCCAGAGAUGCUGUUCUACCGCAUCACGCACCUUUCCCGUGGUAAACAAUACCACAUCUGGGCUGCAGCCGUCACGACAGCGGGUCGAGGCAACAUCAGCUCAAAGGUCAUCGUGGAGCCUGCUGGGAAAGUCCCCGCUAAGAUUCUGUCCUUUGGAGGCACAGUGACCACACCCUGGAUGAAGGAAGUGCGUCUGCCCUGCAGCUCAGUGGGGGAACCCGCACCUACAAUAAAAUGGACCAAAGACAGUGACGACUCGGCCAUCCCAGUAACUGCAGACAGCCAAAAACAGAUCCUGUCCAACGGCACGCUGGUGCUUCGUUCAGUCAAAGCAGAGGAUUCUGGGUAUUACACCUGUACGGCAACUAACACUCUGGGCUUUGACACCAUCAUAGUCAACCUGGUGGUGCAAGUUCCUCCUGAUCAGCCUCGUUUGACCGUCUCCACCACUUCCACCUCCUCCAUCACCCUAGCCUGGAUCCCCGGGGACAAUGGGGGAAGCUCCAUCAGAGGAUUUGUGCUUCAGUAUUCUGUGGACAACACAGAAGAAUGGAGAGACGUAUUUAUCAGCUCCAGCGAACGCUCCUUCAGGUUGGACAAUCUACGCUGUGGAACCUGGUACAAGGUCAAGUUGGCCGCCAAGAACAGCGUGGGCUCAGGGCGCAUCAGUGAGAUCAUUGAGGCCAAGACACAUGGACGAGAACCUGUGUUCAAUAAGGACCAGCCGCUGCUCACCCACAUCAACUCCACUCAUGCAGGCCUCAACCUGCAGGGCUGGACUAGUGGCGGCUGCCCAAUCACAGACAUGAUGCUUGACUUUAGGCCUAAAGGCACCUGGGCCUGGCAGAGCCUCAAGGCUAACUCCACAACUCAGCUCUUCCUCAGUGAGCUGCGGGAGGCCACCUGGUAUGAGCUCAAAAUGAAGGCCUGCAACAGUGCCGGGUGCGGCAACCAGAGCUCCCAGUUUGCAACUACAGACUACGACGGCAGUACAAUCCCACCCAUUAAAUCGGCUCGUGGAGAAGGGGAUGACGUGAAAAAGCUGUUCUCUAUCGGCUCUCCUGUCAUCCUGGUUACCCUGGGCGUUGCUCUGCUCUUCAUUAUCCGCAAGAAACGCAAAGAGAAGCGGCUCAAACGACUUCGAGAUGCAAAGAGCCUCGCUGAGAUGCUUAUCAGCAAGAACAAUCGCAGUAUAGACACUCCAGUGAAGGGCCCACCUCAAGGACCACGGCUCCACAUCGACAUCCCUCGUGUUCAGCUGCUCAUUGAGGACAAGGAAGGAAUCAAACAGAUAGGAGAGGACAAGGCAGCUGUUCCUGUGACAGACACCGAGUUCAGCCAAUCAGUGAAUUCACAGAACUUCUGCACAGGCGUGUCUCUGCACCACCAAGCUCUCAUCCAGAAUUCAGGGCCUUUGAUUGAUAUGUCAGACAUCCGCCCAGGCACGAAUCCAGUGUCCAGGAAGAGUAUAAAAUCAGCGCACAGUUCGAGGAACAGAUACUCAAGCCAGUGGACACUAAGCCGGCCGAGUCAGAGCCAGUCAACAGCCUCGGCACGAACUCUGACCUCAGACUGGCGGACGAUGGGCUCUCAUGGCAUCACAGCCACUGAGAGUGACAGCUACAGUGCAAGCCUCUCACAAGACACGGAUAAGGGUCGCAACAGCAUGGUGUCGACAGAGAGCGCCUCCUCCACCUAUGAGGAGCUGGCGAGGGCCUAUGAGCACGCCAAGCUUGAGGAGCACCUGCAGCACGCCAAGUUCACCAUUACAGAGUGUUUCAUCUCCGACAGCUCAUCGGACCAAAUGACCACGGGCACCAAUGACCCGGCAGACAGCAUGACCUCACUGAGCACGCCGUCUGAGCCGGGCAUCUGCCGCUUCACUGCCUCACCACCAAAACCGCAGGACUAUGACCGUGGUAAAAAUGUGGCUGUUCCCAUUCCCCACCGCGCCAACAAAAGUGAAUUCUGUAAUCUUCCCCUUUACAUGAAGACAGACCCUUUUUUCCGCAAACAAGGGGAGCUGCAUGACCCGUGCCCAGCUGUGCCACCGCGAGAAGCCUCAAUUCGCAGCCUGACGCAGCGGGCUUAUCACACCCAGGGUCGUCACAAGACUCUUGACCCUUCCAAGCAGCAGGCACUGACGCUGGGCCACUCUGGGCUGGGCAGCUUGGGGGUGAACUCGGGCACCGCCACCCUGCCCCAAAGGACUCUCACCAUGCCUAGCUCCAACACCGCAGCAACAGCCUCCACUUCCAGCACGGGCAGCAACCCCACCAACAGUAACAAAGUGGGGGGCUCAAGAGACUCGCUGCUCGAGAGCAGCUCCUCUGCACUGGGGAGACUCCAGAAACAGAGUGCAGGGGCAUACUCUAAAUCAUACACACUGGUGUAGCUGACUCUCCUGCACAGACUUGCAUUGCUGUCCCCUCUCCUCAGCUCGCCCUGCGUUGGUACUCUUCAGCCAGGGCCAAAAGGGGCAUGCAAACAUUUUACAUUAAACCCAACUAAUGGUGAACUGCCCAGCAUUCUGUCUAAUUUUACUCGGGAUAGAUCUUCUCCCAGACAGAGACCCAGUUUACCCUACUUUUCAUAUUCACCUGGGACUCUAUAAAAGAUUUACUAACUCCAACUAACAGUUCCAGCCGGCUGGUGCUCAGUUCCGCUCAUUUCCUGCGGAAAUUGCACAGCAAAAACCCAGGAAGUGAUUCUAUGGUCAUUUGGAAAUAUUGACUUUAAUUGAGGAGCUAAAGCUCUGUGUUUAUGAUGAUGAAGACUACGAUAGCCAGUAUGAAGCUGUGUGGCCAUUCUGUCUCUCAUACGUACACGCAUAUUGUCCUCCAUAGUUUGAGUAUUAUUGUCAAUUUGCAGGACUUCCAGUUAAGUUCCCUUUUCUUACUGUUUCUUUCCCUCCUUUGUGUCUCUUAAGGUCCCAAAUAGCUAUUGGCAGAAUGUUCUCCAAAUGGUGAAUCCAAAAGAAAUCAUUCAGGUUAACUUAUGUCCAAGAAUGUUAAAAGAAAAAAAAAUCUAUCACAUUAACUUUCUCCACACAUCUUUCUCUCUCCAGCUGAACAGUGUUUGACUUUUUAAAACAAUCAUGACAACCCAAAUGAGCCAGCUAUAAUUCCUCACAUUACAAAUAGAGAAUAUUUGGUAUUAUAAAGAAUUUACAUAUAUAUUUCUAUGUAGGUAUAUUAUUGACAUUUAAGUGAAAUUAUGACAAAGUAUAAAUGGUAUGUACUACAAUGGUGUAGUAGUAUUUACAGCAAUUUAAUGUUAAAGUCAAAUUUAAGAAUGAGACAAUCGCUCAAUCAUGAAAUUUAAUGAAAGAGAAAUUUAAAAAAAGGUUGGACAAAUGACAGAAAAAGUUUAGUAUAUCUACGGAAUGUUCUGUAUGUUUCUGUAUGUACACUGACUAAGAGAAGAGUGUUUCCUUUCGAGGCCACACGCUGAGGAAGGAAAAGCAAGCUAGGCUAGCAAGUUCUAGUGUCAAUUCCUGAAAAGGCAGGAAGGUUCUCUUUGCUGAGAUUGUUUGAUGGAGACAGUUAUUCUCCAUACUCACAUGGAGAUCAUUUUCCUCUGACGUCAUGCUAAGGGUUGGAAGUUCAAAUGCUUUUGUCGUGUCAAACAGCUGUGUCCUGUGUUCCAGCUACCUAUAGACGACACAUUAAACCACAUGGGCAUAAAGGCCUAGACAAAAUGUUAGCUAGCCAGCGACUGAUGCUGUCGUCAUAGCUUCUGCUGUUGUCUAUUUUUUUUAGUUGUUGAUCAAUUAAGAAGUGAAAUGAAAUUAUUUGGUCAGAUCCCCAACCUUUAUAUGACUUAAUCCUAGAAUACAGCAUAAAAACAUAGCAGCAUUUGAGCUUCACGCCCUGAGCGUGAUGUCAGAAGAAAAUGGCCACCGUGCGGAAAAGAUGUCAGAAAGCUUUCUGUAAAUGUAUUUAAGCCUGCUCAUGUCACUUAGACUGAGCCCGAGUGGUUGUUGAUUAUGAUAAGAUUUAGAAACCAAAUCAAAGUGAAUCCACAAAUAAGUUUUAUGUAGCGUAAAUGUACAGACUUGAGUUGUGUUUCAGAAUUAAAGGCUUCUGUAACAGAGACAAACAUCCUACCAACCUCUCAGCCAGCCACAGUGCCACUCAGCCGGUCUUCGCUCUUUAAGGAACGUGAUAACUAGCUGAAGGAAAUUCCAUCAUGAUGUGAAUGAAGUAAAAAUAUUAUAAUGUUGAGCGGUGUUAUAUGUCAGGGAGUUCAGUUUGAAAAAUUAUAUAAUAUUCACUCAAUUGAUAUCUUUGUUGUUGCCCUGUCUGAAGUACUGUAUAUGUCCCACUUCCUUUAUCUUCAUACCCCUCCAUUUUGCGCUAAUGUACAUUCACAAACGAACCUUUUGGAAUGUCUAUUUCAAACAUCUCCAUGAAAGUGUUAUGUGGUUUGUAUUUAUUUACACAUUUGCUUUGUUUGUUUGUUUAUUUGUUUAAGGAAGGGUGUUUCUAUUGGUCUCUUUAUUUUGAGUCAUAAUAUUCAUUUUUAAAUUUGUUUGGAUUUAUGUCAAAAUUUUGUUUCCAGGGGCCAAGCAGUACUAAAGUAUUUGGUCUGUGGCUAAAAUCAGUUCAGCCAGGUGAAAUCAGGGACUCGUAGCUAUUUUGGUCACACAAACAACUGUUGUGUAAAUACUGGACUGGAGUCAGUCUGUAAACCUUAAGCAUUCAGACUCCUGUCCUUUUUCCCGUUCCGAUAAAUUAAAGUUCAAAUUCACCCCCUUAAACUUACUAGACCCAUCAUCUCUACCUUUGUCAGUGUUGUUUAUAGAUUAAGUCUUGUACAUAAACACAGUUUUGUAUGAAGAGCUAUUUUCAGAUAAACCAGGGGACACAUCAGGGUUGAAUGCCCCAAUUUCAAAAUUGAAAUAGUAUCAAAAAUAAAUAUUUUACUUCUGAAGUGGGCAAAAACAUUUUUCUUUCCCUUUAUGUUUUUGAUACUAAUUUGUUGAAUUUUUAUUCUUUUUUUAAAGGUCUUUUAAUGUCGUCAUUUGUCCUGUUUACUUUUUUUUAUUAUUUUGUAUUUUGUUCAUCCUCAAAAAGUCAUUGCAUGCUUGCUAAAAGGGAAAAAUUGAAGGAAAAUAUGUAUGAAAAUCAAAAACAAACAAAAAAAAAUGUUGAGGGUAUCCCAAACAUUUGUUUGAGUUGCUUGUUAUAGCAAUUGCUUGUGUUCAAAAGUACAUUUUCUAUGAAAAGAAAGCAAAAACUAAAAAGAUCAUUCUAACACCUUGUGCAAUAAAGCUAUCUUUCAUA